AUGAAGCCAAUAUCAAUAAAUUUAGAUGAACUUGAUAGUACUAUAGAUGAUAAAAUUUUGGAGCAGGCAUUUGGUGAGAAAUCAUUGGGAUUAAUAAUAAUUAAUCAAAUGCCCAAAGAUUAUUUAUCAUUAAGAGAUAAGGUUUUAAAAUCUUCAUCGAUUCUCGCCAAUCUUUCUGAUGAUAUUUUAAAAUUAUUGGAAAUAAAGGAAUCAAUUUAUUUGGUUGGGUGGUCAUUAGGUAAAGAAAAAUUAGAGAAUGGAAAUUUUGAUUUAUUGAAAGGUUCAUUUUAUAUCAAUUGCUCAUUUUUUAAAGAUUCAAAAUUAGAAGGGCCCAAUUUAAGUGAUAUUGAAUCGUUUUCAGAGUUUAAAAGUUACACGAUAAAAAAUCAAUGGUUUGAUAGCAUUAAGAAUAAAGAGCAAAUAAAACAAUUAGAAGAAUUGAAAGACUUUCAAAAAGAUUGUAAAGCAUUAAUUAAUUAUAUCCUACAAAUUGGAUUGAAAUUGUCAGAAAAGUUGGACAGUUAUAUUUGGAGUCAUGUCAAUAAAGAAGAUUAUUACAGUAAGGGAUAUUUGCCCUAUAUCGUAAAAAAUUCUACAACUACAAAAGCCAGAUUAUUGCACUAUUUUCCCUUGAAGUCAAUUAAACAAAAUGAUUUUGACGAUAAUCUAUGGUGUGGAGAGCACGUUGACCAUUCGUGUCUCACAGCAUUAACAUCAGCAAUGUUUGUCGAUGAGAGUGAGGCCAUAAGCAAUGGUUUAGAAAAUGAUAAAGAUUUUUCGGGAUUAUAUAUUCAAAUUUCUACGAACAAAGAAAAAUUGAGGAUCGAUAUACCUCGAGAUUCACUUGUAUUUCAAAUUGGAAGUUCAUUACAAGAAAUCUCCUGCAAUAAAUUCAACGCAGUUAGACAUUGUGUUAGGACUUCAAAGAGUAUGAAAAACUUGAAUAUAGCAAGAAACACUUUAGCUAUUUUUAUGCAGCCAAAUCUUGAUGAUAAAAUCAAUAAAAGUGAAAAUUUUGCUCAGUAUUCCUUGAGAAUAUUGAAGGAAAACCAUUAA